AGAACCGUACAUGGAGCGAGAGGAGACAACCUGUGGAGUGUUGGUGACAGUUGCCUCAAAAACCCUGAUGACUUUAUUGCAUUGGGUGAGUUAAUGGUGAAGGUAUAGUGAGAGUGACGUGCACCACACCCUCCCCGGAUCAAGGUCACCGAGAGGGGAGAGGGGGAGGAGGGAGAGGGGAGAUGGAGAGAGAAAUGACUGUAACCAUGACGGCUUUGGACAACUCAGGGGAAUAUUCAAUGCAAGGCAGAGGCAGUUCCCGAUCCUUGUCUUACAUAGAAAAUAGCAAUAGAAGAAGAAGAAAGACAAAAUUGUGACUGUCUUCUAUAACAUCUGCGUCCAUACAUAACCAUGACGGCUUUGGACAACUCAGGGGAAUAUUCAAUGCAAGGCAGAGGCAGUUCCCGACUCUCUCUACGACAGAACCGCAAGCGAGGGCUGGUGUCGGACAUCUCGCCGGCGCCAGAGCCCAGAACCAGCCACCGCUUCCGCACCUUCAGCAACAGUGAGGCCGAUGACAGGAACAAGACGCCCCCCACAGUCCGCAAGAUGAGUCUGAGUCGAACCGUGAUGACCAGCAGUGGGAGACGGACCAGCACUGUCUCCUUGCAGUCUGCCAGCACCAACUCUGGGGUGGGAGGGACUACAGGGGACUUAGGGUACAGUGGGGGCUAUGUGUCGGGGGUGUGUCCCUUGGCUAACAUGGGGAACACCUGCUUUCUCAACUCAGUGCUCUAUGCUCUGAGAUUCCUGCCGGGUUUCACUCAUGACCUCCACCACCUGCACAUGCAUCUACAGUCUGCUGGCGAGCAGAAGGACGUGAACCUGGAACAGAGGAUACAGUUUCUCUCUGAGCUUCACCGAGUUUUUGUGCGUCUGGGGCAGGAGGAGAGAGCAGCCUCGGAGAAGAGAAUACCAGCCUUUGAACCUUACGAUUUCCUAGAAGCUUUAAGAGUUGUGAAUCCAAUGUUUGAGGGCAACAGGCAGCAGGACGCCCAUGAACUGCUGCACUGCCUCCUGGACCAACUCUGCCACCUCCCACAAGACCUGCUGCAAGUCAGGCCCAACGGCACAGCUCCUGCUGGCUGGGGCGACUCCUGUGGGGCGGCCCGGGACCACGACUCCAUCCCUCCUGAACCCAAGAAGUCCCGCAGGAGGUCUGAGAGGAUACAGGCCAUCGAGGAGGACUCUAGCAAGGCUGUGGAUGUGGUGGGGUCCAAGUUUGUGGGUCGUAUGUGUCUGGAGACAUGUUGCCUGGAGUGUGAGCAGGUAACCGGCAGGGAGGAGGACUUCUUGGAGGUGUGUGUUCCUGUCAAGACCAAGGCUGACUUUGAAGAGGACGAGAGCAUUAGUGAGGCACAGGUGUUCAUGUCAGCGGUGAACGAGGAGGAGUGCCUGCAGGACAAUAACAAGUACUGGUGCGAUCACUGCUUCCAUCACAACGAGGCACGGCGCUCUGUUCACUUCUCGCAGCUCCCUCACCACCUGGUCAUUCACGUCAAGAGGUUUAGUGCUUAUCACAGAAACAUGAACACCUUUAAAUGCACGGAGGCCAUGCCGGCGCCGCUGAUCCUGCCGUGCUUCUGCCGCGGGUGUUACCUGGAGAAGCGGCGAGCCAAACGUGGGGAGGUGGGGCGGGAUGGGAGGGCGGGCGGCACCAAGCGAUCCAACCUCUCCCACCUGCCGUACUACCUGACUGCUGUUGUGUGUCACCUCGGAGCAACUCUCUCUUCAGGUCACUAUCUGUCCUUUGUCCGUCUGAGCGCCCUCCAGUCCUCCAAGUGUCCAGAGCAGCAGCAGCAGCAGCAGCAACAACAACAACAACAACAACAGCAGCAGCAGCAGCAGCAGCAGCAGCAGCAACAGCAACAGCAGCAGCCACCGCCCCCACACCAGACCAGCCACUCCCCCCCGGCCAGCAGCACCAAGGUGGACUGCCAGUGGAUGAGAUGCUGUGGCCUUCAGUUGGACCACAUCCGUCCGCUGUCUGUGCUCAACGGACACAAUGAUGAGGAGAACAGCCGGGAGCAGGACAAGCUUUGGCUGGAGUGUGACGACGACAAGAUCAAGCUGGUGACGUCGCAGGAGGUGUGUCACAUGAUGCGCACCACAAACAUCACCCCUUACCUCCUCUUCUACUCCCACCUCUGAUCUCAAGGUACCUCCCCCCCUCCAUGCUCCACGCUCCCCCACACACCACCGUGAAAGUCUUGUGCGGCAACCCGGUGAUUCUUACACACGAGUAAGGCGAGGUGUGAAAUCUCCCCGUUUUUCAGCGUUCCAAGGUUGUGGAGGCUGUUUUUUGUCUCAUUUCCCUGCAGAAAUAAGAGGGAAGCUAAAAAUACCUGUUGUGUUUUUUUCCUAUGAAUUCUGGGACCUUGUAUUUUUUGAGGACUGAAGAAAGCAUUUUUUUUGAUCGUGGAAAACUGAGAAAGCAUAAGCACACAGUACGCACUUUGGUCUGUUGCAGGGAAGCGCUGAGGACACGAGUGAAGCCAAGUGUGUGUUGAGAGGAAGGCCUGAGAAAAAAAGCCAAGGGUAACAGUUGGUGAGAGGAUAGUGCCUGGAGAACCUUUUUAUAUGUAACGCUGCAAGGCUAACACUUCCACCAUCACUAGCUACCUCAUGCAUCAGGUCAACGUAGAAAAGAUACAGUCCCUCGCCGCGCCGCAGAGUGACAGCGAGAUGGCAGGGGUCUGGCGCCUGAACUAAGCUUCUCGGAUGGAAAAGAUGGAACACGAAGACAUUAUCCACGAAUCUGAUGGAAAAAAUGGUGCAAUGAUUAUGAUCUCUUCAAUAAAACCAGUCAGGUGAAGGACAAAUGGUGAUGGGGAUGGUGAAGGUUAAUAAUUGAUGUCUUUUAUGAUACCUGAACAAAAAGACACGAGUAAAGAGAACAAGAAGAAAGUGUGAGCCUCUGACACAACGCUGUACAAUGUUACUCUUGACCAAUACUACAGGAACUGAUGGAAACAAACAUUUGGAGCAGCUACAGUGAGACAGACAAUGGCAAACGUGUGAGAUCUUGUUCUGCUCGAUGCCAGAACGCUAACAAUAACAGGUGUGCGUGCGUGUGUGUAUGUGUGUGUGUGUCACCCUCGCAUGUCUCCACACAGUCUUCACGGUGUUUUAUACGUCGACUUUAAGAAACAAACGUGGGGAUGUGACGAUAGUGUUGACUUUUACUGGAAGGUUUACCAGUAUGAGAGUAUGGGUAGUGGAUAUGUAGAAACAAUAGGUGAUAUAUUUUUGUAUAAAAGAACACAAAAUAGUCUAGUAUCAAUAUUUAACUGUGAUGAUGCAGUAGAGGGAAUCGUGCAGCAAUUUCUCAGUUCGUUUUAUGUUUUUUUAAUCUUUUUCACUGGAGUAAUUAACUUUUUUUGUACCGAUUAUUAUUAUUAUUACAGUCAGGGUUGGGGACACUUUCCUUUCAGUAGACUCUAGGUGGAGGUUUGGUUUAUUUCACAGGGAACUUGGUUGGUUGGUUGGUUAGGUGGUUGGCGAGGCGAGUGUUUGCCGAGUGUAAACAAAACUUGGGUCAACUUAGAGGUUUAUUUUAAUGUUUCCAUUGUUUUGUGGUAAAGUCAUACGUGUUUUGUGAGUGAGAGUGAGUGAAUGAGUGAGUGAGUGAGUGAGUAAGUAAGUGAGUGAGUGAUGGGCCAAGCUAGAGUGAAGUGUGAACAAGAUUUGGGUCAACUUAGUUUUGUUUUAAUCUUUUCAUUCUUUUGUGGUGAAAUUUUGCGUGUUUUGUGAGUGAGUGAGUGAGUGAUGGGCCAAGCUAGAGUGAAGUGUAAACAGAGAGAGAGAGAGAGAGAGAGAGAGAGAGAGAGUGAGUUAUGGUCCGAGCCAGAGUGAUGGUGACACGUGAGGAAGGAGCAUGUAGUGGUGAGUGGGAUGGGAACGAAUGCCGAGUCACAAAGCAAAUCACCACUCCAUUCAUUCACCAGGUUCCCCGUGUGACAUUGUUGCUUUAGGGUGAAGAAUACUCAGAAUAAGAACAAUGUUAGGUCUUGUAAGUCAGACACAUUCUCUUCAUGAUCAAGCGGUGUGCAGUCUGAGUUACAAGGCGGGAAGUAAUGAUCAGGCUUGCGAAAAUUAACACUGGGGACUCAUAUGGAAGUAAAACAAGGACACAGAAGGACACACAACAUCCUCAGAAGCAGUGUAAGAGGAGGAUGUUUAAAUUGUGUGCAGUCUGUGAGUUACGAGGCAUGAAAUAACGAUCAGGCUUGCAAAAAUUAAUACUGGGGACUCAGAUGGGGGUAUAUCAAGGACAUACAAGGACACACAACAUCCUCAGAAGCAGUGUAAGAGGAGGGUGUUUUUUUGUAACUGGAUGUGAGCAAACUGACAUGAAGAGAAUGGAAAAUGUGCUUCAGUGUGGAAGAAUGUUGGUUCAUCUUUGUAAUUGUGGCAGAAUGAUGUGUGUGUGUGUGUGUGUGUGUGUGUGUGUGUGUGUGUGUGUGUGUGUGUGUGUGUGUGUGUGUGUGUAAUAGCAAUCAUUAACUCUCUUCUCAGUAGCUUUUGUAAAAUUUUCAUCUGAUACAACUCACAAUAGCUUAGUACAAAAACCAAACCUUCACUUUGUGUGUGUGUGUGUGUGUGUGUGUGUGUGUGUGUGUGUGUGUGUGUGUGUGUGUGGCAUCAGAAAGUUUAAGGUGUUGUUUGCAUAAAGUAGUAGUCCUCUAGCCAGAGAUUGAAGGCUUUACUUUA